AUGAAUGAAUCAGCAGAGGCUGAUUCUUUUCCUUGGGACAUUUCUGCAAGUUUAUGUUUUCGUGCUCAACGAGUGUUUUUACACAAUGCAAGUGGCUGGUUUGGUAAUGUCCCUUUAGAAGCGUCGGGAGAUUUUGGCAUUGAUCCAGAGGAAGGAGAGUUUCACCUGAUGUGUCAGCUAAGGCAGAAUCCGUAUAGCCUGUAUAAUAUUAGUACCAAGGAACCAAGUUAUACCUAUGUUGUCCUUUUAGCUGGUGUUUUGCAGUUGCAGCCAGUUUUGGAACGGUUAAAGGAAACAAAAAUUGGAGUUGAAAGCAAGAAGGCGGCAACUGUUAAGGCUGAAGAAAGUAGUGUAGGAUUAUUCCUUCUACAGGUUCCCUCUGUUGAAGUAAAUGCCUUGAUGAAAACGUUCAAGAUGAAGCCUUUGCUAUUUCCGUUGGCUGGUUCGGUAACAACCGUUUUCAACUGUCAAGGCCCCUUGGAUGCUCCUAUAUUUGUCGGAAGUGGAUUGGUUUCAAGGAAGAUAACUCUUUCAGUUUCUGAUAUUCCUGCGUCUGCUGCAUAUGAGGCAAUGUUGAAUAAUAAAGAGGCUGGUGCGGUGGCAGCAAUUGAUCGUGUUCCAUUUUCUUAUAUUUCAGCCAAUUUCACUUUUAACACUGAUAACUGUGUUGCUGACUUGUAUGGAAUCAGAGCUAGCCUUGUUGAUGGUGGUGAAAUUCGUGGGGCGGGUAAUGCAUGGAUAUGCCCUGAGGGUGAGGUUGAUGACACAGCUAUGGAUGUCAACUUUUCGGGGAAUAUAGGCUUUGAUAGAAUUAUGCAUCGAUAUCUGCCUGCUUAUUUUCAACUGGUGCCUCUUAAAUUAGGGGAAUUAAAUGGUGAAACAAAACUUUCUGGAUCCUUAUUGAGACCGAGGUUUGACAUUAAAUGGACUGCACCAACAGCUGAAGGAUCACUUACUGAUGCUCGAGGAGAUAUCAUAAUUUCACAUGAUUAUAUUACAGUUAGUUCUUCGUCGGCUGCUUUUGAAUUGUAUACCAAAGUUCUAACAUCUUAUCAGGAUGAAUACCCGUCAAACCAGAGAGAGUAUGAUGUGAGGGCUGCAGUUCCAUUAACUGUUGAAGGAGUCGAAUUGGAUUUAAGAAUGCGUGGUUUUGAGUUAUUCAGCUUGGUCUCUUCAUAUGCUUUUGAUUCUUUAAGGCCUGUGCAUUUGAAAGCAGCCGGAAGGGUUAAGUUUCAAGGAAAGGUUAUUAAGCCUUUUAGCAUCACUGAUGAGGAAGUCUUGGGUACUGAGAAGAAUAUGGAAGAUGUGCAAAUGGAAGGUCAUAGGGAUACCCAAAGUCUUGUGGGUGAGGUUUCAAUCUCAGGUCUUAAACUGAAUCAGUUGAUGCUGGCACCUCAAUUAGCUGGAAUGUUGAGCAUCUCAGGUCAGGGUAUCAAGUUGGAUGCCACAGGUAGACCAGAUGAAAGUCUUCUGAUGGAAUUUGUAGGACCAUUACAGCAUGGUGCUGAAGAAAAUGUGCUUGGAAAGGUGUUGUCUUUCUCUCUUCAAAAGGGGCACCUAAAAGCUAAUGUGUGCUACCGACCACUACAUUUAGCUAACCUGGAGGUACGCCAUUUGCCACUUGAUGAACUGGAGCUGGCUUCACUUCGGGGAACAGUUCAACGGGCAGAACUUCAACUUAACUUUCAGAAAAGAAGGGGUCAUGGAGUGUUAUCUGUACUUCGACCAAAAUUCAGUGGCGUGUUGGGCGAAGCUUUAGAUGUGGCUGCUAGAUGGAGUGGGGAUGUUAUUACUGUUGAGAAAACUGUUUUGGAACAAAGCAAUAGCCAGUACGAGCUUCAAGGUGAAUAUGUGCUGCCCGGCACCCGAGAUCGAAACCCUUCGGGAAAGGAAAGAGGUAGCAUGUUCCGAAGAGCAAUGACAGGUCAUCUUGGCAGUGUGAUAUCUUCCAUGGGGAGAUGGAGAAUGAGACUUGAUGUUCCUCGAGCUGAAAUUGCUGAGGUGCUUCCACUUGCAAGACUUAUUUCUCGAAGUACUGAUCCUGCAGUUCAAUCCCGAUCAAAGGUUGUUCUCUACUUAAAUGUGAAGGAAAUCUUAACUGUCAUGGACCUCUUCAUACAAAGUUUGCAGUCUGUGGGUUUAUAUGGUGAAAGCCUUCAAAAGCUGCUUGAGGAUAUUCGGGGGCAUUCUGUUCCAUCUGAUGAAGUUAUAUCUGAAGACUUCAAUCUUCCAGGGUUAGCCGAACUUAAAGGCCGCUGGUGUGGCUCUCUAGAUGCAAGUGGUGGAGGCAAUGGAGACACAAUGGCAGAUUUUGACUUUCAUGGGGAGGAAUGGGAAUGGGGAACAUACAAAACUCAACGUGUUCUAGCAGCUGGUGCUUACAGCAAUGAUGAUGGUUUGCGCCUUGAGAAAAUUUUUAUCCAGAAGGAUAAUGCCACAAUCCAUGCAGAUGGGACUUUAUUUGGGCCAAAAACCAAUUUGCAUUUUGCUGUUCUGAAUUUUCCUGUUAGUCUAGUCCCUACUUUGGUUCAGGUUAUCGAAACUUCAGCCACUGAUGCUGUUCAUUCUUUGCGGCAAUUUUUAGCACCAAUAAAGGGGAUACUGCACAUGGAAGGGGAUCUUAGAGGAAGCCUUGCUAAACCUGAAUGUGAUGUGCAAGUAAGGCUCCUGGAUGGUGCAAUGGGGGGCAUUGAUCUUGGGCGAGCUGAAAUUGUUGCCUCCCUAACCUCAACCAGUCGUUUUCUGUUCAAUGCAAAGUUUGAACCCAUUAUCCAAAAUGGCCAUGUUCACAUUCAAGGAAGUAUACCUGUAACCUUUGCCGAAAACAACAUUUUGGAUGGAGAAAAUGUGGAAAGAGACAAAAGUGAAGCAACUUGGAUUCGUGGUUGGGGCAAGGAGAGGAGUAAAGAGUCUGCAGAUGAAGCUAGUGAUAAGAAAUCCUUCAGAGAAAGAACUGAAGAAGACUGGAAUACUCGGUUGGCAGAAAGCCUCAAAGAUUUGAACUGGAACAUAUUGGAUGUAGGAGAAGUUAGGAUUGAUGCUGAUAUUAAAGAUGGGGGCAUGAUGUUGUUAACAGCUUUAUCUCCUUAUGCCAACUGGCUCCAUGGCAAUGCUGAAGUUAUGCUCCAGGUUAGAGGUACAGUUGAGCAACCAGUGCUUGAUGGAUCUGCAUCUUUCCACAGGGCAACGAUAUCUUCUCCUGUACUCCGUAAACCACUCACAAAUUUCGGUGGCACAGUUCUCGUGAAUUCGAAUAGGUUAUGCAUUAGUUCUUUGGAGAGUAGAGUAAGUAGAAAGGGUAAACUCUCCUUGAAAGGAAACCUGCCCCUCAGAACCAGUGAAGCAUCCCUUGGCGAUAAAAUUGACUUGAAAUGUGAAGUACUGGAAGUGCGGGCAAAGAAUAUUUUAAGCGGUCAGGUUGAUACUCAGUUGCAAUUAACUGGUUCCAUAUUGCAACCAAACAUUUCUGGCAAGAUUAAGUUGAGCCAUGGAGAAGCAUAUUUACCACAUGAUAAGGGUGGUGGAACUGCUCCUUUUAAUAGAGACGGAUCAAAUCAAUCGAAGCUUCCAAGUGGCGGUUACAAUCAAGCGGUUGCUUCAAAAUAUGUCUCACGUUUUCUCAAUUUAAAGCCUGCUGCUUCAAGAGCUACAUUUCUACAACCAUCAGUGGAGUAUCCAUUCUUAGCUAGUAAUGGGCUUGUUGAUCAGCAAAUCUGGAUGUCCACUUGGCCUAUGCCUCUAAAGCGGCAAACAGUUUUAUGGAUAUGA